AUGGCGGCGAACGUCAGCAACAGCGUUGCGGCGACCGACGGCCAGCUGUACACUGACGGCCCCGUGCCGCUACACGAGCGCGUUGUCGAGGCGUGCAUCCUGUUCGUCGUCGGAGCGGUGGCGCUCGCCGGCAACCUGCUUCUCAUGCUGACCGUCUGCCGCCUGCGACACCUGCGCUCCGUCUCCAACUGUCUCAUCCUGUGCCUGGUGACGGCCGACAUUCUCGUUGCCGUCAUCAACGUGCCGUUCGGCGUGUCGGCGAUCGCCGCCGGAGCGUGGCCGCACGGCGACAACGUGUGUCGCGCCGUCGGCUUCACGAACAUGACUUUCUUCGUCGCCAGCGUCAUGUCGCUGGGCAGCAUCAGCGUCAAUAGAUACGUGUGUAUCUGCCAUCCGUCGAAGGCGAAGGAUAUUUAUACGCCGCGAAACGCGUUUCUCGUCUCCCUAGGUGUGUGGCUCUUGGCGCUGACGCUAGCGGCGCCACCGCUGCUCGGCUGGGGCAAAUACGGCUACAUUCCCGGCCAAUCGUUGUGCUUCUGCCAGUGGAAGACGAGCAUUUCCUACACCUUCCUCAUGCUAGGUAUGUGCUUCGGGGGACCGUGCGUCGCUAUGGGAUUCUCAUACUCGAACAUAAUCCGUCACGUCCGAGCGAGCAAACGACGACUGAAAACAGGCCCAGAAUGUGACAGUGUGCUCGUCACGGUCAGUGGUGCUGCGGCGACGCGGCAAGGAAACCCUCAAGCGGUUUCGUCAGUCAAUCGACAACAUCUGAAGCAGAACGACAAAAUGCAGAAGGCGAAACGCAAGGAACGGCAGAACGAGAUGCGUUUGACCCGAACGUUUUUCGUCGUCAUCGCUACCUUUGUCGUCUGCUGGCUACCAUAUUGCAUCGCCAUGCUCUGGUCCUUGUUCUCGCCGUAUCCUGUCCCGCGCGGCGUCGACAUAUCUUCAAUAUUGUUGGGUUAUUUUAACUCGUGCUGUAACCCUAUAAUAUACGGUAUAAUGAACGUGAACUUCCGUGAUGGAUACAAAGUAAUUCUUUGCUGUCGUAAACAUGGACGAACGGGAAUUCUCGUAAGCACAUUAUGA